AUGGAGGAGGAGGAAGCUCCACAGGAGCGAAACGACAAGGCAGAGCUCGGCCUGAAGAAGAUGCCUGUACCUCCUCCCGUCCCUCCCGAGAUGAAGGAAAAGGUGGCGGCAGCGUCAUAUACCGCCUCCUCCUUCGAGGAUGAAGUUGAGAUGCUGAGGAAGGAGCUGCGCAAGACCAAGAAGCUGCCAGACAAGGACCCCACAGGGUUCGCGCAUGCCAUGCAGGAGCUGACGGCGGGCAACCGCGUGUGGGGGGUACCCAAGUGA